AUGGGAGACUUCAUGUACCAAGGCGAUCUGUGGCAGCUCGCAGACACGGCAUGGGGGGAGACCCAGGGGAUGGUGUACAAACGAUUGUUCGGGUUUCUGGUUCUCCAUUGGUUAGUAACUCCGAUCUGUAUAACGCUGCCAGCGCCAACCGGAGUCUAUCUACCCCUCUUGGGCAUGGGGGCGGCCAUAGGUCGACUGUUCGGCGAACUGAUCCAUACGAAGUUCCCCAGCAUACACCGUGGAGGUUACGCUGUUGUAGGUGCUGCCGCAAUGGGCGGCGGAGGCACACGCACCAUAUCAUCUGCGAUGGUGCUCUGUGAGGAUUCUGUGAUUGAAGAACCGGUGAGCCAUGCCGUGGGAGUUAUAGCCGACUCCAAAUCAUACGAGGUCACAGUCCUGUCCACCAGACCGGACCUUGACGUUGACCCGCAUCUACUGUCAGAUGUGGAGGUUGCCUCGCACAUAGACACGACCACGGCAAAGCCCUCAGCGCUGAUUACGUUCAUGCUGCAAGCGGUUACAGACAUGUGGAACCUAGGCUUGCCUUCAGAAACCUGCUUGUGGCACCUCGAGGACCAUUUGCAGAACGUUUAUUUCAAGAGCAAGGUACUGGCAGAGGUCAUGGCCGAUCUCAAGGCCCAGGGCCAACCCAUCACAAAAGCCAGCUUAGCUACAGCCAUCGGAGUGGAUGCGACUGAUAUCGCGCUUCUCCUCACAGUGAUGGAUACCUACAUAAAUAAUUCACCCGCUCGGUAGCGGCGCUUACCGACGGCUAUUAUAGUCGGCACUUAUAUCUGCUGACAAGAUGUGUAAAUAGUGGACUUCAGGUGAAACUUACAGAGUACCAUGGUGCAGAGUAUAAUAAACAAGCAACUAACUCUGUUGGGUUCAAAUGAGCUGUCAGGGUUUUUGAGGGCAUGGAUCAAAC